GGGGGAGGAAGAAAAUCCAGAGAAUUCUCGUCUGGCAAAAUACAGUGAAACCAAGCGGUCGGAGUUCAUUUGCUCUAGAAGAGCAGAGAGAAGAGAGAGGACGUUAAAUGAAAAGGAGCAAGAACAAUCUUUAGCUUUUUUUUCUCAUAGUAGCAGUAUUUUAGAGGUAAAAUGAUUCCUCCGAACAGCACGACUGAAAUCAGCGUGGAGAGUGUGGAGAAAGAGAAUGAAGUGGAGAGCACAGAGCAGCCCCCCUCUCCAGCAUCAACUACCAGCCAGGAAUCAAAGCUUCAGAAACUGAAACGAUCCCUCUCCUUCAAGACGAAAAGCUUGCGGAGUAAAAGUGCAGACAAUUUCUUCCAGAGGACUAAUAGUGAUGUCAAACUGCAAGUAGACUUGAUGCCUGAGGUGAGCACAAGCACUGGGCAGCUCCCCAACUCAGAGAGCCAGGCAUCUUCACCCACCAGAUCCCAACAGCUGCCAGAAAACAAGACUCACAUCUUCCAGGAGCACAUCUUCAAAAAACCAACCUUCUGUGACAUCUGCAACCAUAUGAUUGUUGGGACAAACGCUAAGCAUGGACUGCGCUGUAAAGCUUGUAAAAUGAGCAUCCACCACAAGUGUGCAGACAGUAUCGGACAGCAGCGUUGCAUGGGCAAGCUGCCAAAGGGAUUUCGACGGUACUACAGCUCACCACUACUCAUUCAUGAACAGUUUGGCUGCAUCAAAGAAGUGAUGCCUAUUGCCUGUGGAAAUAAGGUUGAUCCUGUAUAUGAAGCUCUCCGCUUUGGGACUUCUUUAGCACAGAAAACCAAAAAAGGAAGUUCUGGAAGUGGGUCUGACUCUCCCAACAGAAACUCUACAGCUGACUUGUUGGAAGUUCCGGAGGAAGGCAAUAGCUCUGCAGGCACACUUAACAUAUGCAGAAAACGCAGCAACAGUGUGUUUACAUACUCUGAAAAUGGCACAGAACACUUUGGAGAAGAACCAAAAAGUAUACAUUGCCCGGGACCAUUUUAUAAAAGCAUGUUACAAAUGAACACCUAUGUUGCCUUGUACAAAUUUGUACCACAAGAAAAUGAAGACUUGGAGAUGAGGCCAGGGGAUAUGGUAACACUUCUGGAAGACUCUAAUGAAGACUGGUGGAAGGGAAGAAUUGAUGACAGAACUGGAUAUUUUCCUGCUAACUUUGUUCAGAGAGUGCAACAGAAUGAGAAGAUUUACAGAUGUAUCAGGACAUUCAUUGGCUGCAAGGAACAGGGACAGAUAACUCUAAAAGAGAACCAGGUGGGUUCACUAGGCACAAGCCAUGACUCAAAACUUCCACUAAGGGACAGGUUUGUGGCAUCAGCUCAUCUAAAUAGGAUGAUGACAUGCUAAGGGUGAUGCACAGCUUGAGUUCUCUGAAACCUGGAUGCAAUAAAAAGAUCUGUGUGACUUCUGAAAAGGAACAUGAUGGCUUUAUCAAGGUAUACAGCGGGAAGAAGAAAGGCUUUGUCCCCAUA